UUCGUGGCCAACAUGGCGGAAUACGACCUGACUACUAAAAUCGCGCAUUUUCUGGAUAGACAUUUAGUCUUUCCCUUGUUGGAAUUCCUCUCUGUUAAAGAGAUCUACAAUGAGACCGAACUCCUUCACGGAAAGCUUAAUCUGCUCAGCGACACCAACAUGGUGGACUUUGCCAUGGAUGUGUACAGAUGUCUGUACCCUGACAAAGAGAUCCCAAGCUCACUGAAAGAGAAGAGGACUGCUGUGGUUGCACAGCUAAAGCAGCUGCAGUCAGAGACUGAGCCAAUUGUUAAGAUGUUUGAGGAUCCUGAGACCACCAGACAAAUGCAGUCAACAAGGGACGGGCGUAUGCUGUUCGACUAUCUGGCUGAGAAGCACGGGUUCCGCCAGGAGUAUUUGGACACGCUGUACAGAUACGCCAAGUUCCAGUAUGAAUGUGGAAAUUACUCUGGGGCCGCAGAGUAUCUCUACUUCUUCAGGGUCCUGGUUCCUGCGACGGAUAGAAACGCUCUGAACUCCCUUUGGGGAAAGCUGGCCUCUGAGAUCCUGAUGCAGAACUGGGAGGCUGCCAUGGAGGACCUCACCCGCCUGAGAGAGACUAUCGAUAACAACACGGUGAGCUCUCCUCUCCAGUCUCUUCAGCAGAGGACCUGGCUGAUCCACUGGUCUCUCUUCGUCUUCUUCAACCACCCGAAAGGCCGAGACAACAUCAUUGAGCUUUUCCUCUACCAGCCACAGUAUCUCAACGCCAUUCAGACCAUGUGCCCACACAUUCUUCGCUACCUGACCACAGCCGUCAUCACCAACAAGGAUGUACGCAAGCGCAGGCAGGUGCUGAAGGAUCUGGUCAAAGUUAUUCAGCAGGAGUCCUACACCUACAAAGACCCCAUUACCGAGUUCGUGGAGUGCUUGUAUGUGAACUUCGAUUUCGAUAGCGCUCAGAAGAAGCUCAGAGAGUGCGAGUCGGUGUUGGUCAAUGAUUUCUUCCUGGUGGCCUGUCUGGAGGAUUUCAUCGAAAAUGCUCGGCUGUUCAUCUUCGAGACCUUCUGCAGAAUUCACCAGUGCAUCAGCAUAAACAUGUUGGCAGACAAGCUGAACAUGAGCCCCGAGGAGGCUGAACGAUGGAUCGUCAACCUGAUUCGUAAUGCUAGGCUGGAUGCAAAAAUCGACUCCAAACUGGGUCACGUGGUAAUGGGUAACAACGCAGUGUCGCCAUACCAGCAAGUGAUCGAGAAGACCAAGAGCUUGUCUUUCCGCAGCCAGAUGCUGGCCAUGAACAUCGAGAAGAAGCUGAACCACAGCAACAGGAAUGAGACUCCAAACUGGGCUGGCCAAGAUACCGGAUUCUGUUAAGCACCACUGCGGAGGACUCGCUGCCCUGUUCCUCUUCGUACUGUCCACCAUUCCCGUCAAUCUCCUGAAUUUGUUUCCCUUAUUAUGCCAUGCAAAUCUUAGUUCAGUACAUCUGGUGUUCAAUAAAAAAUCCUACAAAAA